AUGUCUACCCAACCACCACCAGCUAAGCGUCGCAGAAUCGACCUCUUCGAGGGAUUUUGUGUCACCCUCGGACAAGACGACGAACAGAAGACCAUCACAGUCGCGAAGACCUACCUCACCAAGUCGUCCGACUAUCUCAAGAAGGCCUGCAAUAAGGAGUGGAAGGAAGGCCAGAUGAAGACUAUCGAGUUACCGGACAUCAAGCCUGACACCUUCGCCAUCUACGUCCAGUGGCUGCAAACUGGAGAGCUGGUGCUGUCGGCCGAAGAACUCCCAGCUAGAGAUGCCGAACGGUCCACCAUAGUUACGCAUUGGGACGUCCUCCAGCCGAAGAUCGUCGACCUUUACAUUCUUGUUGAUUACCUAGCCAACACCAUAGUGCGCAACUUAGCGAUUGACGAGUGGAAAAGCGCAACGCACGCUUUGAAGUUCGGCCCAAGUAUCUCGGAGGUCAAGGUCGUUUACGAGAAGACUCCGCCCAAAUGCAUGCUCCGCAAGCUGAUGGUGGACUGGUCCGUGGCAGGCGUUCAAUCUGAAUGGAUCACGAACAAUGGGACAAAUCUUCCUGCUGAGUUUCUGGCCGACGUAUUCGCCGAAUGGACAAGACUUCGAGGUGAGAAGGAAUGGCCGCAAGCGCCGUAUGAGCGCGAGAAGUGCUAUUAUCACGAGCAUGACGAGGAACGCUUGAAGUUCACUUGA